AUGCCGCGGUGGGCUCUGGUGUGCCUCAGUUCCCUGUCCAUGCACCGCAGGCGGCUAAGCGCCUUCUCCCCCCCGCCUCCCCCCCAGGCCACCGUCCCGGCCAAAGACGUGCCCGUCCUGUUCCGCGAGCCCUUCAUCCACGGCGGCUACCGGCCCGCGGGCCAGCGCUGGUCCUGCUACCUGCUCAGCCUCUUCCAGGUGCACAACGAGUCGGUCAACGUCUGGAGCCACGCGCUGACCGGCCUGGUCGUCCUCGCCCGCUUCCUGCUGCUGGUGGGCGCCUGGCCCGCGCCCUUUGACCUCACGGCGCUGCCCCUGUGCCUGUACGUGACCUCCGCCCUCACCUACCUGACCUGCAGCGCGGCCGCCCACCUGCUGCAGUCGCGCUCGGAGCUGGCGCACUACUGCCUGUUCUUCCUGGACUACGUGGGCGUGUGCGUGUACCAGUACGGCUGCGCGUUGGCGCACUACUUCUACAGCGCGGAGCCCGCGUGGCGCCAGACGGCCGUGGCGGCCGGGUUCCUGCCCGGCGCCGCGCUCCUCGGCUGGCUGACCUGCGCCAGCUGCUGCUUCGCCAAGCUGCGCUACCGGCGGCCGUACCCGCUCCGCCGCAAGGUCUUUCAGCUGGUGCCCACCAGCCUGGCGUACCUGCUGGACAUCAGCCCCGUGGCCCACCGGCUGGCCAACGCCACCGGGUCACCACCGGACGCCGGCGGCGGCGGCGGCGUUGGCGACGUAGGCGCGGCCGACGACGCCCUGGCGCUCCACGCGCUGCAGAUCUUCUUCUUCCUGCUGGCGGCGCUCUUCUUCUCGUGCCCCGUGCCCGAGUGCUUCUUCCCGGGCCGCUGCGACGUCCUGGGCCACGGCCACCAGAUCUUCCACCUCUUCCUGGCGCUGUGCACGCUGGUCCAGCAGGAGGCGCUGUUCCGGGACUUCCGGGCGCGCUGGCGCACGCUGGAGCUGGUGCACGGGCGAGACACGCUGGUCGGGGCCUGCGCCUCCUUCCCCACCCUGGUGCUCUGCAGUCUGCUCACCGCCGGCCUCAUGUGCUGGCGCGCCAACAGGAAGCUCAACGCCAGGCCCAAAGAACGAAGCUGAAGGACACAAAACUGA